UUGUGGGGCAGCACCUAGUAUGUCUGCAUGCUUUCAUCUGUUUAUUCAAAGAUUUGGGAAGCAAAAGGACUCACCUUGUCUCACUGUAAUCACUAGUCCUCUAGAUUAUUGGAACCUCCAGAAAUAAGUAUUGAUCUCAAUAUCUCUCAGCCAUAUUGAGAGUGGAUCUACGUCAGGCCUGAUCCGUCCCCAUUUUAUUUCUCUGAGUAAAUUACUCCUCUGCGGCCUCAGCCUCUGCGCCAUGGUACUUCAGAGUGUAUCAGCUAUGAGCGUAACUCCAUCCACCACCCUGGACAGCCAGCUGACUGCUACCUGGAGCCCUACGAACUCCUACCCUGAUGUUCCGAUGGUGACGUCUGGUUACACGAAUCGCCUGUGGCUUCGUGACUCCCAGCCUCAGUUCUGGAGUAAGUUCCAGGUGUGGGAGUGGCUGCAGCAGGUCAUGGACAUGCACCAGAUCGAUGCCUCCAGUGUUCCCUUUCAAAACUUUGAUAUGGACGGCCAUCAGCUCUGCAGCCUGAACUACCAGGACUUCAUCCAUGCUGCCGGCAGCGUGGGACCCAUCCUCUUCCACAGCAUCACAGAGCUAAAGUGGAGUGGGCAGUACCAUGUGGAAUUAGGGCAACUGGAAAUCAAACCAGAAUUAGACUUCUCCUGUUCAUUUUCAGACGGCAGCUAUCCACCUGAAGAUAUCUACGAUACUUUGAUUCCCCACGUCGCCCCUGUUGCAUCCCCCACCCCGUCCAGCCCCGUUGAGGAAUCUACUAAACAUACAACACAACAUGAUAUCAAAAGGUCUUUCAGUCGUCAGGUCAAAAAACACAACAAAAGGGGGACCCACUUGUGGGAGUUCAUCAGGGACAUUCUGCUGAACCCAGAGAGAAACCCAGGGCUGAUCAAGUGGGAGGAUCGGACGGAGGGGGUUUUCCGCUUCCUUAAGUCAAAUGCAGUGGCAGACUUAUGGGGCAAGAAGAAGAAUAACAGCAGCAUGACCUACGAGAAACUAAGCCGGGCAAUGAGAUAUUACUACAAGAGAGGAAUCCUAGAGCGAGUAGACGGACGCAGACUGGUUUACAAGUUUGGAAACAAUGCAAGAGGAUGGAGGGAGUCAGACAUGUGACAAUUUCAUUCAUUUAUGUUUGAUUCAACUGUUUACACUAUGUUGAUAAUUGUAUGUUUGCCUUGACUUUUUUUUUCAUCCCUUUCUUGAGACACUGCACUGAGAUGUUCUUUACUGUGCCUUUUUUAAAAUACUUAUUGUAUCAGCAUGACAGCAGUCAAACCUGACACACGUGUGUUUACAUAACUUAAAACAGUGAGAAUCCUGUUUGUCUGAUUUUCAGAUACUACGAAGUUCCAAAGCAGCACGCAUUCAAAACACAUGUGGCAAACAGAUGUAUGUUUUGAGACUGAUACAGUGAAGUGUCCGUUGAGAAGGACGCUUCACUGCUGAAAAACAAUAACUUAAACAAUAAAAAAAUCAGCAUUCCAUAAGUGGAAAGAAGUACAAGAAUGCAUAAACAAGUGAUACAUAUUUACAUAUACAGAACAGAAUGGUUGGUCACAUUUGGUUUCUUUUAUAUUUUGCAUCUAUUGAGCUUUAAAGAAAGCGUGUAAAUAUUUGUUGAUGAUCGAUAAAAAUAAAGCUCCUCGUUGUUUUUA